AUGUCUUUAUUAUCAGAUUCUAGUAGUAGUGGUCUUUUGGGCAGUGUCAAGUCAGAGAUUGAGACGUCACUGUCAUCGUGGAAGAAGACGCCGGAUGUGCUGCUGCCAUCGGCUGUACAAGUCUAUCGUCAAGGACUCUUGUUGGCAGAUCUCAGUACUGACAAUAAGAUCUUUUCCAUUUACCAGACGCUCUUGACGCAACUUCCCAAGUCGCAUUUACGCCAUGUGCUGGAAGAUCUUCACGACGCCUUUGUCAAGACAUUGCAACGUUAUGUGGAUAUCAAUACAGAUGGAGAUGAUGAAGAUCAACCACCAGUAUCUCUAGAAGAUGUCCAAACAGCCAUUCGAGCCAUGUACGGUCUCUAUUGUCAUCACGAAACUGCACAGGUCCUCUUGGCGGCGGCAUCGGGACAUGCUGUGGCAGGAUGGUCAGACUCCAAGAUGCAGUGCAUGGAUGCCGUCUACCAAACACUCAAGAAACAGCAGCAAUCAGUAUCCGACACUCAAAAACACUUGCUGUCACUAAUGGCCGCAUUCUUGGAAGAACCAACGGUGGAGUACGAACAGUUUCUUCCAUCCAUUCACCAAUUGCAAGAACGAGCGCACCAACACGAAACAUCCACCUGGGAAGAGUUGCUACUCUACAAACAGCAACAGCAAACACCUCAAUCCUGGAAGGACCGCAUCAUGGCACGAUUUACGGAACCAGUACAACAGACGUACUUGCGGUCCAUGUUUACCGUGGAAGAAGAACAGUCACCACUGACACAACAAUCCAAACAAGAACAAAAGCCAACGCCACAAAAGCCAUCCAUUGUUGUCUCACCCUAUGACACGAUUCAACGAUUGGUUCAACAAGUCAAAUCCGUAUUUCCACAUUUGGGAGACGGAUACAUUGAAACGGCACUCUCGCAUUAUCAAGGAGAUGUCGAACGCACCACAUCCGCCUUGCUGGAUCCAACCGGUUUGCCCGCCGUCCUCCAACGACUCGACCCCCAAUUGCCCGGGCGAUGGAAAGGACCCACGCCACAGCAAACGGCACACGCCGAUCAAGAAGCACGACGCAUUACCCAAGAAACUGUUCGUGUCAUGGAGGCACAAGAAGAAGCUGCGGCACAAGCACUUCAACAAGUGGUCGCUAGCAGCACUAGUAGAAAUGAAUAUGACGAUGACUAUGACGAUCAAUACGAUGAAUUGGAUGGAUUCAUGAGCAAUGAUCAUGGACUCUACGAUGAUUAUGAUGCCGUACGAACAUACAAUAAAAUGAUGAAACAAGUCGAAGAAGAACAGGCAUUUUGGCAAGAGAAUCGAAAUGAGAAUCGUGCUCAUCGACGAUCUUCCAAAACAAGUGGUGGAGAAAAAACCUAUCGAGGUCCCGACAAGGGCAGAGGUGGUCGAAUUCCCAGACCUCAUCAACAGCAACAACAAUCGACCAGCAAUGACACUGAUGACGACGAUGAUGACAAUAAUAAUAACAGCAAUGACGACACGGCCAAGAAUCAAGGCUUUAUGAGAGGUGGGGGCGCUGGUGCACCCCGAGGAGGCGGUGGGCGUGGACGAGGAGGCCGUGGUGGUCGCGGUGGAAGAGGACGUGGACCACGGGGUGCCAGAGGAGGACAAGGUGGUAACAACAACAACAACAACAACAAUGAGCCGUCUGGAGGAGGCGGUGGUCGUGGUCGAGGCAGUGCGCGUCACAAAAAGAACAAACUGGAUUCUCGUCGUAACAAACAAAAGGACGCAGCUGCAAAACGGAGCGGAUAG